AAAAAUUAGACACUGGAGUUUUUUUUUCUUUCUGAUCGUUCAUUAUUCCCGCCAUGGCAGCCGCUAAAGCACGUACUCAGAAAAAGAAAUCCGCCGCCGCCGCCAGCAAGGCAGAUAAAAAGGUUGAGAAAGUACAAGAAACCGUGAUUGUAGAACCCGUUGUCGAAGAAGCCGUCGUGGAAGAACAACCGGAAGAGGAGCAACAAGAGGAAGAAAUAGAAGAAGAAGAGAUCAUCCCCGAAGCCAUUCCUCUCGAAGACUUGAAUGAAAGCGAUAUUGACGAUGAAGAUGGUGAUAUCAUCACCGAGCAACGCAUCACAGUAAAUAAUACCGUACGUUACUCGGAAUUGGCAUUUAAGCGUUGGAGCGAUCGAUGAUCGAUGACUAACUUUUAUUCACUGUAUAAUAGGAAGCCAUGACCCGUAUUACUGAAGAUUUCAAAUUGAAGAACUUACCGUGGAUUGAAACCAUGACUUUGACGUCUUCGGAACCUAUUGUCCUCGCCGAUGUCCACGACGAUAUGGCUCGUGAAUUGGCUUUCUAUCAGCAGGCAUUAGAGGCCGCUAAGAUCGCCCGCGAUCGGUUCAAAGAAGCCGAUGUGCCUUUCAGCCGACCUGAUGAUUACUUUGCGGAAAUGCUCAAGAGUGACGAACACAUGGCCAAAGUACGACAGCGAUUGUUGGAUGAAGAUGCCAAGCUUAAAGCUUCCGAAGAUGCCAAGCGUCAACGUGAGCUCAAGAAGUUUGGCAAAAAGGUCCAGGUGGAGAAACAGUUGGAGCGCCAGAAGCAAAAAGCAGACAUGUUGGAAAAGAUCAAGUUGCUCAAGCGAAGUAAGUUAUUAUUUCCCAAAUACAUGACCUGACAACAGUGACACUGACCGAUUUUAUUUUACAGAGCGGAAGGAUGGUGCUGGUUCCGAUCUUACAUUGGACAACGAUUUCGAUAUUGAAUUAGAAAAUGCCGAUACCAGAAAACGAGCAAAAACGGACAAGAAACCAGUCAAUUACAAGCGUCAACACAAGGAUACCAAAUAUGGUUUUGGUGGCAAAAAACGACAUGCCAAAUCCAAUACGGCCGAGUCUUCAGCGGAAUUGGGUGGUUAUAACAAGAUGAAGGGUAAAGUACCCAAAGGCAAGUCCGCCAAGCGUCCUGGCAAGGCAAAGCGUCAAACGAUGAGAAAUAAGAAAUAGUAGACUUUUUCAUGAAAAACCCCACAAAGCUCAACAUUGUAAUAAAGUAUCGACUGC